AUGGCGUGGGCCGACCUGCCGCCGGAUAUCUUGGGCGCUGUCAUCGCGCGCCUCCCGCACCCCGGCGACCGCGCCCGCAUCUGUGCCGCCUGCCGCGCAUGGCGCUCCGCCGCGUGCCCCCACGUGAGGCACCAGCCCCCGUGGCUCGUUCUUCCCGACUGCUCCUUCUGCACCACCGGCCGCGACGGCGCCUUCUUCCCCCGGAUCCCCGGCCUCCCCGACAACGCCACCUGCCUCGCUGCUGCCGGCGCCGGUUGGCUCGCGCUCGACUGCACCGACGACGUGUUCCGGCGCACCCCCACCAUGGACAACUUCUGCUACGAGGCGGGGAUGUUCGUCGUCAACGCCAGGCCGGACAUCAAGCACCGGCACACCUACAUGCUGCACAACCCCUUCUCCAACAUCACCGUGCCGCUCCCGGAGCUGGACGACAUCAUCGGCCAUGUCGCCGAGACCUUCGAGGUCCGCAAGGUGCUCAUGCGCUCGUCGACGAAUCCAGCUGAUCUCGUCGCCGUCACGACCAGCAGCUCGGACUGCAAUAUCAUCCUGUGCCGUCCCGGCAAGGGCGCGCAUGUGCUGCCCCACUUCAGGGUCAUUGACGUCGCGUUCUUGGGAGACAUACUAUAUGGGAUCACCUCGGGUGAAGAACUGGUCGCCUCCCAUCUCGGCGAGGACGACGACGAUGGCAGGCCUCAGGUUACCAGGUUUAGACUAGACAUCAGGAACCCAAUGGCUGAUUAUUACAAGAAACAUUCGUGGAUCUGGCCUGCAGAUGACACUAUUAGCAUCAGUGACUACUAUGACAAGGAUGGCAAUGAGGAGCCAAUCGAUGAUGAGGACGAAGCACCGAACCAAGACGAGGAUGGCGACGAGGAGGAAAACCAAGAGGAGGAGGACGAUGACUUGGCAGCAGCAAACCUAGAAGAGGAGGAGGUGGAUAGCAGCUUCAAUGGACAUGUCAGUGGUUCUGUGUCGGACAACGAUGUGAAAGAGUACGACGAGGAGGUGCCCUACGAGCCCAAGGACGAGGUCUUUACCACCCGAUUCAUUGUGCAGUCACAGAACGGGGACGAGUUGCUCCUGGUGAGGCACCAGAUGCAGUCGCCUCCGUAUUCCGAUCCCUACACUCGCAAGGUCGAGAUCUUCAAGGCGGAUUUCAUGGCGGGCAAGUGGGUCACGGUUAAUGGGCUAGCCAAAGGUGAGGCGCUUUUCCUGACCCGAUCCUUGAGCAAGUCGGCUCGGGCGCACGGGGACAUCGAGGACGGCUUUGUGUACAGCGCAGCAGGGGAGAUGGACGACGUUUUCGACACGAGAUCUUGGAGGAUUCGUCACAUGAGAUUUAGGUGGCCAUGGCAACGGAAAAAGGUGUCGGAGAAGUUGCUAACAUGGUUAUUCCCUCCAGAGGUAGUGGUUUAA